AUGCAGGGUAAUGGCUCCGAUUCUACUGGGCCUAGUCCGAAGGGUACAAGCCUAGAGACUCCUCAAUGUGCCUGCUGUGAUUUUGUACCAUCCCCGAACCAAGACUACAAAAAUUGGUACGACUACGAGGCGUUUGACUUGGACUACAAGGCGCUAAAGGAAUCAGCAGAAUGUGGACAUUGCGGAGUCUGUGUAGGGAUGAUCAAAUUCCUUAAGGCUCAACUGGAGCCUACCAGGUUCACCUACCACAUCGAUGAGUUUGGUGAUCUGAUACCAGCUUUUACAUUCAACGACGAGAUGGACCCUCCUUCUUACGAAUUAUUCACGAUAAAUAACGGAUCUGCGGGCGAUCUUCGCCUGAAGCGCUCCUACGGGAAACCGCGAAUUCCACGAAUGCGCGUACCAUCGGGGGACACCUCCAGCAUAAAAGCAUUUGACACUCUGAAACACUGGAUAUCUCGAUGCCAGGCAGAACACACGCACUGCCAGCCCACAGCGGACAAGACGCUGCCACACCGACUCCUCGAAAUCAAGAGCAUCAACCCCCUAAGCGUCCGAGUCGUGGAAAACUGCACCCUCAGCAAGAACUACGCCUGCCUGAGUCACAGGUGGGCGGACGAGAGGACGAAGUCAGUAUCCCUCACGAAAAACAAUCUGGAUCUCUUCAAGGCAGAGGUGCCGGAGGAUAAUUUCUACCCCUUGAUGAGAGAUGCCAUUGUAGCGACAUUUGAGCUCGACGUCAGGCUCAUCUGGAUCGACUGCUACUGCAUCAUUCAGGAUGACGAAGAGGACUGGAAGAAAGAGUCAGCUGAAAUGGGCUCCAUCUACGAGAACGCGUUCUUCACUAUUUCUGCUACCUCCUCCAACGGCGGCUGCAGUAUGUUCUCCACCAUAAGCGAGGAAUUCGUGGCAUUUCAGGUGGCCGAGAUCCAGGGGAAGCCCGUGUACAUCCGAAAACAAAUCUCACACCCAUGCAUUGUUGAUUAUGACAAAUACGCAGGAGCGGAACGCCUCCGGGGUCCAUCACUCGCGAGGGCAUGGAUUUUCCAAGAGCGGGUGCUAUCCAACAGGUUCAUCCAUUUCACAAGCGACGAGCUCUUCUGGGAGUGCCGCGAGAGCACCUGGUGCGAGUGCGGAUCAAUAGAAGAACAAUGGAAAGAAGAGCGGGAGGUGCGAACCCGGACACUCGGCGACCAGGUCUGGGACCACAUUGCCGAACAGUACAACGACACGCAGCUGACCCUCGAGAAGGACAGGCUCCCGGCGCUCGCGGGCUUAGCCCGCCGCUACGCGGAGCUGCACGGCAAGAAGGCGUACCUGGCGGGCCUGUGGGAAGAUGACCUGCCUUCUGCCCUGGCGUGGGAAAAAGUCGCGUGGCACGAGCCCAGGCCGCUCAAGCAGGUCACGCCCACUUGGUCGUGGACUUCGCAGCCUUAUGGGAAAGAACUUGUCAGCACUUCAGCCAGACGAUCUGGCCGCCUCGUGAAGUACAGAAUGAAUCCGCCUGACGCUGACGUCUACGCGGGUGCCGAGUCGACGGAGAUCACAGUUGAAGCGCCCAUGCUGGACCUGACGGUUUAUAAACACGAGGACGAAGGGCUGAUCGGGAGGCUGGAGAAUGGUUUCCUCCGGAUAUGGGCAGACUUCAAGACCGACCCGGAUGACACCACAAAGUACCGCACGGUGCCGGACGGCUCGAGGUGCCUGCUCCUUCUCCUUCUUGGAGAUGCUGACAAUAAUGACUGGGGACACGUAUACGGCAUCGUGCUGCUGCAGCAGAACAGCGACGCGCAUGGUGAGGCCGCGAAAUUUGAACGCAUCGGAUAUUUCAAUAACUAUGACGGCGACUACUGCUACUUGGAUGAAUCUGGCGAGUUCGCUGAGUAUUGCGGGGGCAGCUUCCCACCCUUCGCAGUGCCUGUAGAUACAUGGCCCGCUGCUCCAGUUCAAUGGCUUAUGGACAGAGCCGAGACGAGACAGGUCACACUUGUUUAA